AUGCCUCGACCAUCAUCCCAGUCACGUCGGCACCGUAAUCAAUCCCUUACCUCGCCUCUCUUUCACUGGCGGCCCAGAGUGUCUUCGCCUCUUACCAGCGAAGUCACGUUCCCUAGCCUCGAUGAGAAAUGGCCGAUAUCUGAUAAAUCCGCUGCUGGCCUGGUUGAGGAGUUGACCGUCACCCGGCGUGCCAGUAGCACACAGAUCGGCAUGAGUCUAGUUGUGGAUGCCUUGAUGUCGGUAUGGCUGUGCCGGGUCGCCAUGGACAACUUCUUGACGCUUCGGUUCCUUCUUGCUGCCAUCCCGCCCCCCUUCAACCAGCCUGGAACAAUCCUAUUCUGCAACUCAAACCACCAUUAUCACAAUCCGCGAGAUUAUCCGGUACUCGCUCCCGGCGAGUCAGCCCUUAACUUAGAGGAGCUUCCAGCAAACUGUGUCUUUCUACCUCGUCUCAUCGUGAAGAUUGGGCAAUCACAAUCCCUGGCCGGACUCAUUCCCCUAAUUGUGGCUUGUGCAAUCACCCUCAAAUUGACCUUUGGCUAUCUCCUACUCCGUACCUCUAAACGAUCCAACGCGGCUUUCUACUACUUCAAAUCCACCGCGGCUUUACAUCUCUUGAUCGCAUACACCACCUUUGUCUACAUCCACGUCCACAUUGACUUACUCAUGCAUCAGUAUCCUCGACUCGAGCAAGCCUUGCGGAUCUCGUCCGAGUGCAUCUUUUUCCUGGCAGGUGUCACAGUGUGUUUCUUCUUGCUAGCCAUAGUAGUCGUUCCGCUUCUUUGGAUCUGCAGCAGCUACACCCACUCACCAGACCCACGCUCAGCUAAUGGAGGCGAGAGAAAAUUAGACAACCAAGCCAAACAAUUCAAUCACCAUCAGCAGAACACAAGGCACCUUCGCAUUGGCUCUCCUCACAAGAAACACACCCUUUCUCACAAGUUCUAA